AGGAAAGAAAAGAAUUUUAUUUUAUUUUUUUAUAUUUAAAAAUUUUACAAACAAACACAAGUUCUUGUUUUUUCAAGCACGCAUCUGUCGGCUCGACUCGGCUCCCCACCCACACCCCCUCAGCUCAGCCUCAGGCAAAUCAAAUUGCAGUCCACCCUCCCACAAAUUAGUCAUUAUUAUUAUUAUCCAAAAUAAAAAGGCUCGCUCUCUUCUUCUUCCUUUUAUCUGGAUUGGUUCUAUCUCAAGCAUUUCAAUUUCUAAUGAAUUUGCAUUUCAACUAACACUCGGUUCAGAUUUCACAGAUCUGAAAACAAUUAAAGAGUGAUGUCAGCUUCCCAAACGCUGGGCGGUCCGUCGCGGUGUGGCCGCCUUCUGGGCCCCUCUCUCGACAAGAUCGUCAAAAACGCCGCUUGGCGAAAACACUCUCACCUCGUUUCCUCAUGCAAAUCUGCUCUCGACAAGCUCGAGACCCUCUCCGACACCGCCUUAUCCGAUCCGACUUCUCCUCUACUUGGCCUUUCCUCUUCCGACGCCGACUUUGUGCUCAACCCUAUCCUCCUCGCCCUCGACUCCAAUUACGCCAAAGUCGCUGAGCCUGCCCUCGAAUGCACCUUCAAAUUAUUCUCUCUCGGCGUCGUUCGCGGCGAGAUCGACAGCUACAUGUCCAAUUCGAUCCUGUACAAAAUUGUCGAAAGUGUUUGCAAAGUCGGCGGCAUUGGCGAGGAAUCGGUAGAGCUCGCUGUGCUACGAGUUUUACUCUCCGCCGUUCGAUGCCCCUGCGUUUUGAUCCGUGGAGAGUGUUUGCUUCACGUCGUUAGAACUUGUUAUAACGUAUAUUUAGGCGGUUUAAACGGAACCAAUCAGAUCUGUGCUAAGUCCGUUCUUGCUCAGAUUAUGCUUAUUGUAUUCACGAGAGCGGAAGAAGAUUCCAUGGAUGAUUCUAUCAAAACAGUGUUGGUUAGUGAGCUUUUAGAGUUUACUGAUAAGAAUUUAAAUGAAGGGAGUUCAAUUUAUUACUGUCAGAAUUUUGUCAGCGAGAUUAUGAGUGCCAGUGAAGGGGUUCCAGAUUUGAAGCUUUCGCAGCUGAGUACGGGUCAGGAGUUGCAAAAUGGUGUCUCUAAGGUGUCGAAAGGGGAGGAGAAGGAGGAAGAGACGAAGGAAGGGGUGGAAUCGGGUUCUGGUGGGGUUGAUAGUAAAAUUAGGGAGGAUGGAUUUCUUGUUUUUAAGAAUUUGUGUAAAUUGUCCAUGAAGUUUUCGUCACAGGAGAAUCCGGAUGAUCAGAUCCUUUUGAGAGGGAAAACAGUGUCUUUGGAACUCCUCAAGGUUAUAAUGCAUAAUGGGGGUUCAAUUUGGCGCUCAAAUGAGAGGUUUCUUAAUGCAAUUAAGCAGUAUCUCUGCUUAUCAUUGUUAAAAAACAGUGCAUUGUCAGUGAUGUCAAUUUUCCAGCUCCAGUGUUCUAUUUUUGUGACCUUGUUAACAAAAUUUAGGUCAGGGUUGAAAGCUGAAAUUGGAAUAUUCUUUCCCAUGCUAAUCCUCCGAGUUCUAGAGAAUGUUCUCCAGCCAAGUUUUGUACAGAAAAUGACUGUCCUUAAUUUGUUGGAAAAGAUUGUGGGGGAUUCACAGAUUAUCAUUGAUAUAUUUGUGAACUAUGACUGCGAUGUGGAUUCACCAAACAUAUUUGAAAGGCAGGUCAACAUAGGAAUUAAUUGGAGCACCUGUCACUUGGUGAUGUUCUCAGAGCUUGCUUUAGAAUAUUUUCUAAUGAUUGUCAAUGGCCUUCUGAAAACAGCUCUAGGGCCACCACCUGGUUCAACCACAACUUUGUCUGCAGUCCAGGAUAUUACUUUCCGUCAUGAAUCAGUGAAGUGCUUGGUUGGUAUUAUUAAGUCAAUGGGAGCUUGGAUGGACCAACAGCUGAAGAUAGGUGAUUCUGACUUGCCUAAGAGCUUCGAGAGUGACACUUCAGCAGAGAGCCAUUCAACCCCGACUGCAGAAGAUGGAACUGUCCCUGAUUGCGACUUGCAUCCAGAAAUGAAUUCUGAAUUGUCAGAUGCUGCUACACUUGAGCAACGCCGAGCUUACAAGAUUGAACUCCAGAACAGUGUCUCAUUGUUCAACAGGAAGCCAUCCAAAGGCAUCGAGUUUCUUAUAAACACCAAAAAAGUUGGCAACUCUCCAGAGGAAGUGGCUUCUUUUCUGAAGAAAAACACUACUGGGCUGAAUGAAACCAUGAUUGGUGAUUAUUUGGGUGAAAGGGAGGAAUUUGCUCUAAGAGUUAUGCAUGCUUAUGUGGAUUCCUUUAAUUUCAAAUCUAUGGAUUUUGGUGAAUCGAUAAGGUUCUUCCUACGUGGCUUCAGGUUACCAGGAGAGGCACAGAAAAUUGACCGCAUCAUGGAAAAGUUUGCCGAGCGCUAUUGUAAAUGCAAUCCAAACUCAUUUACUAGUGCAGAUACUGCCUAUGUUCUGGCAUAUUCUGUCAUCUUGCUCAACACUGAUGCCCAUAAUAACAUGGUCAAAGAUAAGAUGACCAAGUCUGAUUUUAUCCGAAACAACCGAGGAAUAGAUGAUGGCAAGGAUUUACCUGAGGAGUAUCUUGGCGCUCUUUAUGAUCAGAUUGUGAAAAAUGAAAUUAAGAUGAAUGCUGAUUCUUCUGUUCCACAAAGCAAGCACGCAAACAGCUUAAAUAAGUUAUUGGGUUUGGAUGGUAUACUGAAUCUGGUCAGUUGGAAGCAAACAGAAGAAAGGCCAUUGGGUGCAAAUGGGCUUCUUAUAAGACAUAUUCAAGAGCAGUUUAAGGCAAAGUCAGGAAAAUCAGAGCUUGUUUAUCAUGCUGUUUCAGAUAUAGCAAUCGUAAGGUUUAUGGUGGAGGUCUGCUGGGGACCUAUGCUGGCUGCAUUUAGUGUCACUCUUGACCAGAGUGAUGAUAGACUUGCUACCACUCAAUGCUUACAGGGCUUUCGAUAUGCUGUGCAUGUAACUGCAGUAAUGGGCAUGCAGACGCAGAGAGAUGCUUUUGUCACAUCUGUGGCAAAGUUCACUUUUCUCCAUUGUGCUGCAGAUAUGAAACAAAAGAAUGUUGAUGCUGUAAAGGCAAUAAUUUCUAUCGCCAUUGAAGAUGGUAACUAUCUUCUGGAAGCCUGGGAGCAUAUAUUGACAUGCCUGUCCAGAAUUGAGCAUUUGCAACUGUUGGGAGAAGGUGCACCAAAUGAUGCAUCCUUUUUAUCUGUGUCUGACACUGAAACAGACGAAAAGAUGACCAAAUCCGUUGGUCUUCAAUCUCUGAAGAAAAAAGGAACCCUCCAGAAUCCAGCUGUAAUGGCAGUUGUCCGAGGUGGUUCUUAUGAUAGCACCACUGUUGGAGUCAAUAGUUCUGGACUGGUUUCUCCAGAGCAGAUUAAUCACUUCAUUGCUAACUUGAAUUUAUUGGACCAGAUAGGAAACUUCGAGUUGAACCAUGUUUUUGCACAUAGCCAAAGGUUAAACAGUGAAGCAAUAGUGGCAUUUGUGAAAGCUCUUUGCAAAGUUUCUAUAUCAGAAUUGCAGUCUCCAACAGAUCCUCGAGUUUUUAGCCUCACAAAACUAGUUGAAAUUGCGCAUUACAAUAUGAACCGCAUCAGAUUAGUUUGGUAUCGCAUGUGGAAUGUUCUCUCUGAUUUCUUUGUUUUGGUUGGAUUGUCUGAGAAUUUAUCUGUAGCAAUUUUUGUGAUGGAUUCAUUGCGGCAGCUUGCUAUGAAAUUCUUAGAACGCGAGGAGCUUGCAAAUUACAAUUUCCAGAAUGAAUUUUUGAAACCAUUUGUGAUUGUUAUGCAGAAAAGCAACUCUCCAGAAAUAAGGGAAUUAAUAGUUCGAUGCAUUUCUCAGAUGGUCCUCAGCCGUGUCAGUAAUGUGAAAUCUGGAUGGAAAAGUGUUUUUGUGGUGUUCACAGCUGCUGCUGCAGAUGAGCGUAUGAAUAUUGUCUUACUGGCUUUUGAGACAACGGAAAAAAUAGUGCGAGAGUACUUUCCUCGUAUAACUGAGACAGAGGCUGCCACUUUAACUGAUUGUGUAAGAUGCCUCAUCAAGUUCACAAAUAGCAGGUUUAAUAGUGAUGUUAGCCUCAAUGCUAUUGCAUUUCUCCGAUUCUGUGCUGCCAAACUUGCUGAGGGAGGACUUGUUUGCACUGAUAAGAGCUCAGAUGAUGGUUCAUCUGUUUCAAUUGUAAAUAAGGAUGAUUCAGAUGUACAAAGUUUCACUGAUAUUGAUGAUCAUGGAUCCUGUUGGGUCCCUUUGCUAACAGGUUUAUCAAAACUAACAUCUGACUCAAGAUUAGCUAUCCGAAAGAGUUCGUUGGAAGUGCUUUUCAACAUACUGAAUGAUCAUGGUCAUCUUUUCUCACGAACAUUCUGGGAUAGUGUUUUUAGUUCUGUUGUUCUCCCCAUAUUCAAUGGUGUGUGCGAAAAGAGAGACAUGGCUGUAAAAGAUGAGAAGGAUUCACCAACUUUGAAAUCUCCUCAUCCUGAUGGAAGUACAUGGGACACUGAAACUUCUGCUGUGGCAGCACAGUGUCUAGUAGAUCUAUUUAUUAGUUUUUAUAAUGUAUUGAGGCCCCAGCUAUCAAAUGUGUUAUCUGUGCUGACAGGAUACUUAAAAAGUUCAAUACAGGGUCCUGCAAGCACUGGGGUUACGGUGAUGUUUCGUUUGACAGGAGAGUUAGAAAGCGGACUUUCAGAAGAUGAAUGGCGACAAAUAUUUCUAGCUUUAAAAGAAGCAGCCAUGUCAACGUUGCCAGACUUUUUGAAGCUUUUGAGAACCAUGGAUGACAUCAAGGUGCUUGACAAUUCUCAAUCGUAUUCUAAUACUGAAACAAGUUCUGAUCAUGAAUUAACAAAUGAUGAUCUUGAGGAUGAUAAUCUGCAAACUGUGGCCCAUGUGGUUUCAAGAAUGAAGAGUCAUAUUGCCAUCCAGCUGCUCAUUUUGCAGGUUAUAACUGAUAUGUACAAAAAACACCUACAAUUCUUGUCCGCUGCCAAUAUCAAUAUCAUUGUUGAGAUAUUUUCCUCAAUUUCAUCACAUGCUCAGCAACUGAACUCUGGGACUGCACUGCAAAAGAGAAUACAGAAAGCGUGCUCAAUCUUGGAGCUCUCUGAUCCUCCUAUGGUUCACUUUGAGAACGAGGCUUAUCAAAACUACCUCAACUUCCUCCAAGAUUUAGUAAAAAAUAAUCCAUCUGUCUCGGAGGAGUUGAAUCUAGAAUCACUACUUGUGGCAGUGUGUGAAAAAAUAUUGCAGAUAUACCUUAACUGUACUGAUUACUACUACAUGCAACAGAAAUCGGUUGACAGGCUGGUGACCCGUUGGAUUCUUCCUUUGGGUUUAGCCAAGAGGGAAGAAUUGGUGGCUAGAACUCCUUUACUUGUGUCAACAUUGAAGGCAUUGAGUGGCUUGGAGAAGGAUUCCUUUAGAAAGUACAUAGCAAAUUUCUUUCAUCUGUUGAUAGAUCUUGUUCGGAGUGAGCAUAGCUCGGGCGAAGUACAGAUUGUUCUAAGCAACAUGCUCCUGGCAUGUAUAGGUCCAAUAAUAAUGCAAUAAUCUAUUAUGUUAUAGAAUAUUACAAGACUGAUAUUUCAUUAGUAUGUCACAGUUUUGAUCAUUAUAGUUGAUGAGGAGCCAUUAUAUCAUCAAUAUUAUUUUUUGUAGCAUGUUCUUAGUUUUUCUUCUUUUUUUUCUUUCUUUGUUUUCUUUCCUCCGAAAAGGAGUAACUUUUUUAUGAACAUCCUGAUUAUAUAAAUGUAAAUUUCU